CACACACGUUUGAUCACGGCGUCAACAGUCGCGCUAACUUUCAUCUCCGACGUCCACGUUGUGUUGGGGUCAAUGUAGCGACAACACGCUUAUCGGUUUUUUUUUAUUUUAUUUUAUUUUUAUUUGUUCUUUUUGUAGCUCUCCCUCACAAGUAGUCACCAUAACGUCGCAAGGAAAGAUUACCGGGAGUGUUUCUCAGGUUUGAUCACCAGUUUAAUGUGGCGCUCAACGCCGAAAUGUCACCUCUCUGUCGCGUAAAUACGUAUGUUUACAUUUAUAUUUACCUUCAACAGGCUCUCGUGCAAAGCAUCUGACUUCAUAUAUUCAUAGAUUCAUCGAAUUAGCGGAUGAAUUGAAGUGUAAUCAGUUGGCAUCACAGCACUACAUAGUAGUACUAUAUCAAGUAAUAGUUUUAAUUUGCUAAACAGUUAUAAUAAUAUUGUAUGAAAUAGUGGAGGUAUACAUUGUUACAUUGUAACUAUGUCAAAGUAUUAUAGAAAUGAACUACUUUUCCUACAUACAUUGUUACAUAUCAAAGUAUGAUCAUAUGAAUACUUUUACUACAUACAUUGUUACAUUGUAGUUAUAUUGCUACAUUGUAAUUAUAUCAAAGUAUGAUCAUAUGAAUUAACAAUAGAUCAUCAAGAGGUGGUGAACAGGAGUGUUGCAGUACAAUGCAGAUUUCAUCUGAACAUAUCAGUAUAACACACAUCAUAUUUCAAGUGAACAUAUCAGUAUAACACACAUAUUUCAAGUGAACAUAUCAGUAUAACAUACAUCAUAUUUCAACUGGACAUAUCAGUAUAACAUCAUAUUUCAAGUGCAGGUAGAAGGAGGACACAGUUGAAGCAAACCGGUAAUAAUGGUGUUUAAAUAAUUAAGUACACAACAGUAAUGCUGUCACCAGUGGUAACGUCAGAUAAUUCACAUGAACUGCAAAGCUCCACUGGGCAGUUCCAGAUCCUGCUUAUGUACUGAAGAGCCAACGGGAGGUGGUGCACGGCUGCAUGGAGCAGUAUCUCUAGAAUGGGGAAGUGCAAGUUUGCGUCCAGUUGGCUGGACGACAGCAGGUUCGCCGCAUGGCUGAAGCCGGUCGAGGGGAACAAACACGAAGCCCACUGCACUUUCUGCCAGAGGAACUUUAAGCUGUGCACCAUGGGGGUCAGGGCCGUUGACUCGCACAUGGUGUCGGAAAAACACAAAGCCGCCACUAAAGUCCAAGAGCAGAUAUCUGCGCUGAGCAGAGUUGUUAAGGCGGACCCGAGCGAGAACGUCCCGGUUCCGGCGGCAACGCCCAACCCAUCUGACAAUGCGGAGGCGGGACUGACUGAGCAGUCGGUGGAUCUGAGCUUCGAUGGAAAGGCUCUUGUUGGACCCGUUGGAUCCGACCUGACGAAGGAGAAUCUGAGUUCUGUGGACGAGAUGGCCCACAAGAUGUUGCUCAAGACUCCUGGAGGAGGAAGAGUGAGAGAACGAGAAGGAGAGCAAACCAUGGACUCUGAUGAUGAAGACACCACGUUCUCCUCCCACCCCGGCACCUUCUCCCUCCCCUCCUCCUCCUCUUCCUCCAAUCCCCUGGAGCCGCUCCCUGACAACACACUGCAGAGGAGCAAACUGUUACACACCUACCCCCGCAGCAACGACGACUCCUCCAGACCUCCCCCCAGAACAGCAUCCAUCUCCUCAGGUUCCACCCCCUACUCUCUGCCCCCUGGCGCUUCCUCUGUCAGGGCCCAGGAACAUGUGGCCCAGCUGGCCUCCCAAAGCCUCCAGCAGCAGCAGGCCAGCAGGAGGCUUUUGGAAUCGAUGUCUCAGUCCCUGGACAGCCUGGCCCAGUCCGUCCAGCUUCUGGUGGAGAGCCAGCAGCAGUUUGUCCAGGGGUCCCUGAUACUGCAGAAGCAGACGGUGGAGAUCCUGAAGGAUUCCUCCAUCACAGCCUGGGACAUACUAAGGGAGAAGCUCAACCAAGGACACAAUGCCGAAAACACUCUGAGAGAGAUGUUUUUGGCAGAAAGACCGGCCUGUACUGCGCUGCAAAAGCUGAAAUGAUGAUAAAUGGAUUUCUAUUCCGUUUAAUUUUUUAUGAAAGCAGUAAGCUGUGACUUUUUUUUUUUUUUACUAUUCUCAAGGAUCAUAACUGUUCAGUUCACAUUCUGUUACUUUUCAUCCAAAGUUUAAACUG